AUGGCGACAAGGAGAGAGAUACAGCCAGCGCGUAAACACGACCGCGAUCGUGGCGAUGCGAGUGACAAUAACGGAUACAUUAGAGCAUUGGUUUCUCCUCUUGAGUACGGAACUUACUCCCCUUAUCUAAACUGGCUAGGUGUCAAAGGAUUCAAACCAUCGCCGACUGAAGUGGGUUUGAUGUGUGCGGGCAUCGUUAUGGUAGCAAGCUUACUGAUCUAUCUUGUGGAUUUUCCAUGGUUAUUGCAGAGACUGCUCGGGGUUGCGAUACCCAGUUUUAGUAUCCUGUGUGCUUUCUAUUGGCUAGCACUUUUUUUACGAAAAUCAUGGAGCAGCUCCAGUGUGUAUAUACUUUUUCUCAGUUGCCACAUCGGGGAAAUCUUCGCCCAAAUCGUGCUCGGAGGUGACAUUUUUCGUCCGCUACAAGCGACGACGGUGUUAGCCGUGAUCAGCGUUUGCAGUCUGUUUUCAUCCCUUCAGACGACUCAUAGUGCGAUUGUCAUUAUAUUUAUAAGUAUUAUUCGAUUUAUUAGCGGCUGUACGUUGGUCGAUUUACCGGCCGUUUUAAGGCCUUAUUUAGCAUAUUCUUGUGGGAUUUUGGGCUGUAUUUUAGCCAAGUCCGUAGAGUCUGCGUUUCGGCAAACUUUCACCACACAGUUUGGAAAUGAUGGAAAAAUUCCCGUUAUCCGGCGACGUAGGACUUCGAGUUCUUCCAGCACAACAAGUCACAACCACAAAGCAAGACGGACGUCUCUACCGGCACUUAUACAAAAACAGUCAGUCAACUCAAUAGACAUGGCAGCGAUGCAGGAAGCACAUGGCGUGAUUACAGAUAUGCUAGUGGAUCAAACUCUACCACAUAAUGUUGUUAGUGGUCUAAAAGCUAUAAGUAAUCUUAUUAGUCCACCUUCCAAUUAUAACACAUUUCAGCGACCUAAAAUCAGUCCUCUCGUUGCACUCAGUGAGAGCUCCUAUGGCUCUGAUGUGGAAGAUUCACCUUUCAUUGGCGAAAGACCCUCCGCCUUACCUAAGAGGCUGCGCCGUAGCUUGCCACCCAACCUGCUUAGAAGAAUGUCUUCAACCUGGACAACUACUACCUCAGCGACAGGUAGAGUAGCAAUCAUGUGUCUGCAUUGA